GUCACUUCAGGGCCCAAUAUGCGAAGCAUUUCUUAUGCCUCUGAGCCGUCAUGAUGUCCCGCAUACGGGCCCCCAAAUUGCAUAGGCAGUUUCAAACGUUUACUCGGCGCGAACACGCUCAGCCAGUAUCUCUACUCAGCUCGGUGCAGGCCAAGAUUGCGCAGAUAGAUGCAGAAAAGCCUUUCUCCCCCGCAUUGAUCGACUCAUUCCAGCGCCGGCAUGACUAUCUACGAAUCUCACUGACCGAGAAGUGCAACUUACGAUGUUUCUAUUGCAUGCCUAGCGAAGGCGUGGACCUGUCACCCAAAUCGCAUAUACUGACCGAUGAUGAAGUGAUACGAUUGGCCGAACUGUUUGUGAAGAGCGGUGUCAGAAAGAUUCGGUUAACUGGAGGAGAACCGACUGUUCGGAAGGGUAUUGUUGACCUGAUUGGUCGUUUGAAUGAGCUCCGGAAAUACGGUCUCCAGUCCAUCGGGAUGACAAGCAACGGGAUUGCAUUGCACCGGAGGAUCCCCCAGCUGGUUGAGAAUGGCCUGACGCACUUGAACCUGAGCCUGGAUACUCUGGACCCCUUCAAGUUUGAGAUCAUGACGCGUCGACCCGGCCAUGACGCAGUUCUGCGUUCACUACGAGUUGCUCUGGAGUCGCCAGGUCUACAUUCCGUGAAGUUGAAUGUCGUGGUCAUCAAGGAUCUCAACGAUUAUGAAGUGCCCGAGUUCGUUGAGAUGACGAAAGACAAUAAUCUGUCCGUGCGAUUCAUAGAAUUCAUGCCGUUCACAGGUAACAAGUGGCAGCAGACGAAGAUGGUACCCUCGUCGGAACUACUAGAUCGGAUCUCAUCGAGGCAUCCGGAGCUGUUCAAGGCAGCGGAUGAAUUAAACGACACUGCCCGCUCUUACAAGAUACCCGGAUAUGCGGGUAGCUUCGGCUUCAUCAGCAGCAUGUCUGAUCACUUCUGCGGAUCAUGCAAUCGCCUCCGUCUCACUGCUGAUGGUCAGAUCAAGGUCUGUUUGUUUGAUAACAAGGAAGUGUCCCUACGCGAUCGGAUCAGACAAGGCACCAGUGAUAGCGAGCUCCUUGAAGUGAUCGGCCAAGCAGUCCGCGGGAAGGCUGAAAAACAUGGCGGCAUGAAGGAUCUCGAUGAUCUCAAGGAGGGCCCGAAUCGACCUAUGAUACUCAUCGGAGGCUUUUCUGCUCGCAAUAUCAUCAAGAUGUUUCAUCGACGUAUAUAUCACUGGCUCCGCGAUACAUCUGUUCUGAAACUCCAACGCCGCGUUUACUCUUCAAAUAGCCAUGGACCUUUUCCGCGGUUGACUCACGUGGAUAAGAUGGGCCGUCCGUCGAUGGUCAACGUCUCUGACAAACAGCCAACUAAGAGGUCUGCAACUGCGGUCGGCCGGAUACAUAUCCCGCCCGUGGCCUACGACUUGCUCACAACUUCGUACCCUGGGGAGACCGGGGAGGAUGAUCUGACAGAUCCUCUCAGUAAAGCAAAAACGAAAGCUCGUUCAAAAGGGGACGUGCUAACCGUCGCGCAGCUAGCUGCUAUCAUGGGCUGCAAGAAGACGUCAGACCUCAUCCCCUUAUGUCACCCAUUAGCACUGUCCCAUAUCUCGGUCACUCUGACUCCGGAAGUAUCACAACCCCUCAGAUCCGAGUCGAAUCUGACCAGCUCGUCGGAGACACCAAACGGCAAUCAUUCACCGCGAUACAGCAUAGCAUGCCGCGCCACCGUGAACUAUGAAGGCAAGACCGGUGUCGAGAUGGAGGCCUUAACCGCCGUCUCGGUGGGUUUACUCACCGUGUGGGAUAUGUUGAAAGCGGUGGCGGGGAAGGAGAUGAUGAUCGGAGAGAUCUAUGUUGAACGUAAAACAGGUGGAAAGAGCGGAGACUUUAUGAAACUGGAGGACGGCAGAUGAGUUAGUGAGAUAUCUCGUAAUCUGAAUCAUCAAGAGCCACCCUGCGGUAUCUAAAUUUAUCGCAACGAAAACGAUCUCGAGCAGGGGAUAAGUCUGCCGCUACCAAUAUAUGAAGUCCAAGAUGCAUGUACUUGUGUCAGGUGAAAUUAUACAACAUGUACGCCUACGGCUGCGAGGGACAGGAAAUAGCUUGCUACAGUUUGGAGCGGACAUAAUAUGGAGAUAAAGAUACAGCUGUAUAAAUAGAAGCUUGAUGGCACCGAGAUGUUUGCGAGUCCGAAGGGGGAGAGUAAAUAGAUGAAUAAAUACAAGAAUACGGAGGCCGGCUUCGAAUGGUUGCGUCGUUGAUUUGUUGGGUCUACCAAUGCCCCCGGUGAGUUCCGACAAAGCCGAGUUCGAGGGAGUCUUCGACGCCCGCCAGUCUAUCGUUGCCGCAGAGGCCGACGAAGCCUACUUUAGCGUAGACGUACUGGGCGUUGUUUGUAUGCCCGACAUAGAGGACAACGGAUUCCUUGUGGUAUUCAAAUAAUAGCUUUGAAGUAACAUAUCGAACAAGAUGUUGGGCACAACCCUUCUUCCUCCAGGGAACAAGAGUGUAUACCUUAGUUAUGGCUGAGACGUUCACAGAAUUACGAGUGACGGCACAUAUGGUAGUGAUCUCGCCAUCCGCGUCGUAGACCCAAAUCUGCCGUUUACGGAUGAGCUCCUCGGCUUCUACACGGGCAGCAUCGAUAGUCAACGGGAAAUAAAC